AUGGCAAUUGCAGCAACAACAACCUCAUCAUCAUCAACUAUGAGCGUUAACGACGAAUCCAACAAGGCCGAUCAUGAUCAUGAUCAUCAUCAUGAUGGUGAUGAUGAUGAUGAGCAUGAGCACGACAUGGUGAUGCCGGGCUUUCGCUUCCACCCUACUGAGGAAGAACUUGUAGAGUUCUACCUUCGCCGUAAGGUUGAGGGCAAGCGCUUCAACGUUGAGCUCAUUACUUUUCUUGAUCUUUAUCGCUAUGACCCUUGGGAGCUUCCAGCCAUGGCAGCAAUUGGAGAAAAGGAAUGGUUCUUUUAUGUGCCAAGAGACCGCAAGUACCGCAACGGGGAUAGGCCUAACCGGGUGACUACUUCUGGGUACUGGAAGGCCACCGGAGCCGACCGCAUGAUCAGAAGCGAGAACUUCCGUUCAAUUGGGCUCAAGAAAACCCUAGUCUUUUACUCUGGGAAAGCUCCCAAAGGCAUCCGAACUAGCUGGAUCAUGAACGAGUAUCGCUUGCCGCAUCAUGAAACUGAACGAUAUCAAAAGGGAGAAAUAUCUCUAUGUCGAGUGUACAAGAGAGCUGGAGUUGAAGACCACCCAUCGCUCCCUCGUUCCCUUCCGGCCUCCAAAGCAUCCACAUCAAGAUCAUCGGUACUUGUGGCUCCAUCCACGACCAUAUCAUCAGACAACAAAAAGCAGCACAAUACUAGUACUAAUAUUAAUAACAAUAAUAUUAACACAGUUCAUAGUAUCAUGGAGAAACUCCAAGCUUUUAAUGAAGGCCAAUCACAGCAAUUUCAUCAGGAUCAUGAGCAUCAGGUAGAUCAAAAGAUGAGCGUCGAGCCUGAAGGAAGCAGCGGAAAUUCAGAUGUCACAACAGUUCUUGGGCUUUCCAAGCGUAACGCCUACCACCACAACAACAUUGGACAAGCUCAUCAUCAUCCACUUGAUCAGGAAGAAGGGAUGGCGGCCUUCUUGCACCACUCAAACUCAAAGCAAGCAGCGGCUAAUUGCUUUUCACUGAUCCCCAGUAGUACUAAUUCAUCUGCAACGCUCUUCACCGCGGGUUCUUCUUCUGUUUCGUCCUCCAAUAUGAAUGCAAUUGAUGAUCUUCAAAGACUUUUGACCUACCAACAUGUACAGCAGCAGGCUGCUGCAGCUUCCAGUCAUCACCAACAACAACAUGUACAUCAUCAAGUGGUACAAUACUAUGAUGAUGCUCAUCAUCAUCCCCAACCCAACAACCUUUUCUCCACUUUCCCUGCAGCAGCACCACAUGUACAAUCAGCUAUACCGCCGCAGCAGCUGGCCCCCAACGCACUUCCAACUGCUUUCUCCGACCGCCUAUGGGACUGGAAUCCAAUCUCAGAUCCAAAUCGGCCGGACUACAACAAUCCAUUCAAGUAA